AGAUCACAAGUUACUUCCAUGUUUGGGGCAGAAGAACUGUGGACGAGAGGCUACACUGGUGCAAAGGUCAAGAUGGCCAUAUUUGAUACUGGCAUUCGAGCUGAUCACCCUCAUUUCCGUAACAUCAAGGAGCGUACAAAUUGGACCAAUGAGGAUACGUUGAAUGACAAUCUUGGACAUGGGACUUUUGUUGCUGGUGUUGUUGCUGGCAUGGAUGCCGAGUGUCUUGGUUUUGCACCAGAUACAGAGAUUUAUGCAUUUCGUGUGUUUACUGAUGCACAGCCAAUUGCAGGUGUCAUAUACCUCUUGGUUCCUUGAUGCCUUUAACUAUGCAAUUGCUACUGAUAUGGAUGUGCUCAAUUUGAGCAUAGGUGGACCUGAUUACUUAGAUCUCCCAUUUGUGGAAAAGAUAUGGGAGAUAACGGCCAAUAACAUAAUCAUGGUUUCUGCAAUUGGAAAUGAUGGACCACUAUAUGGAACUUUGAAUAAUCCAGCAGAUCAAAGUGAUGUCAUUGGUGUUGGUGGUAUUGACUAUAGUGACCAUAUAGCCUCCUUUUCCUCGCGUGGCAUGAGUACCUGGGAACUUCCUCACGGUUAUGGCCGUGUGAAGCCAGACGUAGUUGCAUACGGACGAGACAUAAUGGGAUCAAAGAUUAGUUCGGGUUGUAAAAGUUUAUCAGGAACCAGUGUUGCAAGUCCUGUAGUUGCUGGUGUCGUAUGUUUGCUUGUCAGUGUCAUACCUGAACCUGAUCGCAAAAAUAUCUUAAACCCCGCAAGCAUGAAACAAGCAUUGGUCGAGGGUGCUGCAAAGCUUGCUGGACCUAACAUGUAUGAGCAGGGCGCUGGCAGAGUUGAUCUGUUAGAAUCAUAUGAGAUUCUCAAGAACUACAAACCUAGGGCAAGCAUCUUUCCCAGUGUUCUUGAUUACACAGAUUGUCCUUAUACAUGGCCCUUUUGUCGUCAGCCGCUCUAUGCAGGUGCCAUGCCUGUCAUCUUCAAUGCUAGCAUUUUGAAUGGAAUGGGUGUUAUUGGCUAUGUCGAAAGUCCACCGACAUGGCAUCCUUUUGAAGAAGUAGGGAAUCUUCUAAGCAUUCAUUUUACAUAUUCUGAGGUCAUCUGGCCUUGGACCGGUUAUUUGGCCAUUCAUAUGCAAAUCAAGGAAGAAGGUGCACAGUUUUCUGGUAACAUUGAAGGUAAUGUGACUCUCAGGGUUUCCAGCCCUCCAGCUCAAGGAGAAAGGCGUCCUCAAAUAAGCACAUGUGUGCUUCAACUGAAGUUAAAAGUGGUGCCAACACCGCCACGAGCAAAACGAAUUUUGUGGGAUCAGUUUCACAAUAUCAAAUACCCUCCAGGUUAUAUUCCUAGAGAUUCCUUGGAUGUUCGUAAUGACAUUCUUGACUGGCACGGGGAUCAUCUACAUACAAAUUUUCACAUAAUGUUUAACAUGUUACGUGAUGUUGGUUACUAUGUUGAAACACUUGGUUCUCCUCUUACAUGCUUUGAUGCUCGACAGUAUGGUACACUUCUUUUGGUGGAUCUUGAAGAAGAGUACUUCGCCGAAGAGAUUGAAAAGUUGAGAGACGAUGUGAUAAAUACCGGAUUGGGAGUAGCUGUCUUUGCUGAGUGGUACAACGUAGAUACCAUGGUAAAGAUGAGAUUCUUCGAUGAUAAUACACGGAGUUGGUGGACCCCGGUCACUGGAGGUGCUAAUAAUCCUGCACUUAAUGAUCUUUUGGCUCCAUUUGGAAUAGCUUUCGGUGAUAAGAUUCUGAGCGGUGAUUUUUCACUUUUUGGUGAGGAGAAUCGAUAUGCAUCUGGGACAGACAUAGUGAGGUUUCCAAGGGGUGGUUAUGUACAUAGCUUUCCUUUCUCGGAUAGUUCAGAAAGUGGAGCCACUCAGAAUGUGUUGCUGACUUCUAGCACCACCAAGGCAGAUUCUCCGAUUCUCGGUCUUACAGUGAUGGGUGAAGGUCGCAUCGCUGUAUACGGUGACUCCAACUGUUUGGACAGCAGCCAUAUGGUGACUAACUGUUUUACACUUCUGAAGAAAAUGCUAGAUUUUACGAGUGAGAAUGUUCGAGAUCCAGUGCUUUUCUCAAAUUCAAACAAACAAGACACUCCUUUGUACGAAGAUGACAAUCAGUUGCCAUCACGCAGAACUGAUGUAAAUUUCUCUUCAUACUCAGCUGUUAUCGGAAAAGAAUUGAUUUGCAGGACUGACACAAGGUUCGAAGUCUGGGGAACUAAGGGCUACAGUUUGCAAGUCAGAGGAAGAAACAGACGAUUGCCUGGUUAUCCUGUCAUUGAUUUAGGGAAUGGUUUCAAUUCAACCUAUGAUGUUUCUAAUAUUAGGCAUUCGAAGGUAACUUUGAGAAAUAAGGAUGACUCUCUUGGGAACAGAUAUUUGGGCCUGUUCUAUGGAGAUGAGCUUGAUGUACCUAUGCUGGUUGGUAGUCACUGCAACCGACUAGUAGUAGUUUAUCUAUGUUAUCUUAUGUUUCAUUGUGUCUCUCUUCCUAUAGGUAUCUUACUAUUGAGCUUUUGGCGCAUUCGCCAAAAGAGACGUCGAAGAAGGAAAGGAUCAAGCUCUGGCAGAUUGUCCAAUUUAUAGUCCAGUAUCAACACUAAUGUAAUUAUAGAACUUGUCUCCAAAGAAAUUCCCCUGUAACAUUAGCAUAGUUACAAAUUCAUGAGUUGUUUUCAUCAGCAUCACUGUAGGAAGAUAGCCUAAUAAGUUGCUUUUUUUCUUUUUCUUUUCUUUCUUACCUAUAGAGUUGUAACAUUUUUGCUGUAAUGUAAUGGAUGCUUUACAAGGGCACAAAUUUUCUGAUGAUGAAAUAAUGUAUCUGAAAUGUUUAUGUUUUAUUGGUAAAUCAAAGUUUUAUGACUA